AAUCUCUCGAGACACAAAUAACGCUUUGCAAUUUUAUGUUUAUUUAUUUUAAGAAUAAGCAAACUGUUUUCUUUCCAGGCAGUGCGCCAGAUUUGUAAGUCAUUGAUGAGCUGAAGUGUGUUUUUGGUGUCCCGUUUUGAUGCUGGUAGGGGUGGAUGGGUUUAAAUAGUUGCCUUGGAGGGAUUGCCACAUCAGGCCUUAGUAAUGUUUUCAUGAAAAUAAUGUCAAACUGGAUUCUGGUCUGUGCGUGUGUAAGUGGAUUACCCUGAAUGGGCAGCCGUCUGAUGAAAUAUGACCAGUGGGUGAAAGUAACUAAGUAUAUUUAUCCAACUAGUGUACUUAAGUACAGUUUUGAGGCACUUGUAUCUUACUUGAGUAUUUCCAUUUUAUACUGCUUUAUAUUUGUACUCCACUACAAAGGCAAAUAUUGUACUGUUUACCACACUACAUUUACUACAGACUGACCCAGCUGUUUCCAGUUUUUGUGCUACAGUAAGCUCACCUAAUCAGCGGCUGUCUGUAGCUUACUAAACAGACAUGAGUGGUAUCAAUCUGUUUAACUCUUGGCAAGAAAUUGUCCCCAAAAUAUAUUAAAAUCCAACAUGUUAAGUAAGCUUUUAGGAUUUAUUUGGCCUUCAUAAUUAUAUUUGCUUGUUUAAUCUUUGAUUUAUUCUUCAGUUAUUAAAUAUCACAACAACAUUAGAGGAUUUCAAGCAAGUCGUAACUGUAAUUGAGUUGCUGUUGAGCUGUUGAGAUAUUAGUAUUCAUGAUCCAGCGACAUCUAGUGGGAAAAGCUGGAAUCACAUUAGGGGCCUCUGCUGCCUUCACUUGCUUCUGGAAAUCCAGGUGAAACUUUGAGGUAGAGUGACCACGCUGAACUCCAAUAUUAAUAUUUAUCCGCGGACUUUAUGUGUUUCAUAUAUUUGUUUGAUAAAUUUGAAUUAUUUUAUUGCGUGUGUACAAUAUACGCAUGUUUCAAGGACUCCCUGAAAAUGUUUGGAUUAUUCUGGUAAAUUUUAUCCGAAUUUUGUAAAUAUGAAACUUUAAAAUGUGGUCAAACAUGGGCCUGAUUGUUACAAGAAUGCAAACUUAAACAUUACAACUUUGCAAACCAUCCUUGACAAAAAUGACCAAUUUGACUUAAACGUGUGAUGAAAUGAAACUGGACUUUAGGGCGCAGUCACUCUGUGUCUUCAUAUUAUAGGGAUAACUCCAUGACAAGAACAUCAUUUGUAAUUCACCAGACAGUAUCUGCACAUUCUAGUGGAAGAAUAGUAAUAAAUAAGAAAAAACACUUGCACAGAGCUAUCAUAAUAGGUGCUAUAAUGCAGAAACAUAAUCAGUUAGUUGGUGUGCCCCUCGUCUCUGCAAAAUAAUAUACUGUAAGACUUUUAAUUGAACACACUAGUAAUCGGUUUUAUGUCUUGUGAUUUCGAUAAUUACGACAGCACGUGAAAGCAGCGUUCCGACGGGUACUGGCUCUCAUCACCAGCUGCGUUUCAUUCCGGGGAAGACUGAACUGACGCACAGUUGGGUUUGCGGAUAAUUUAAGAAAUUUACGUGGACAUUAACAUGACGGGAAACUUUACGUUAGGCUACUUAGAUGGUUAAGGUUGCGUGGCCUGCGCUUCUUUCCUAAUUAGACGUGCGUGUAUUCUUGAUAACUUGAUAACUAGCAGCAGUGAGACGUUGGAGGGUCCCAGUCACAAACCGGCGCAAACAAAUUGCGCUUAUUCAUGAGUUUCUUUGCGCACUGGAGCAGCUGUACGAAGUGACAGGAAGGAUGGCGGCGACCGUGACCAAGACAGUUCAUCUCAUUACAGGACUCGUCAUUGUUGUCCAGUUUCAAAUAAGCUUCAUGAAGCUAAAAUCUGCCAGUGGAGUCUACCGUACUGACAUGCGGGGGCUGCCUUCUCCAGAGGGAAGGCUGCAUGUAAACAUCGGAAGUCACAAGCCCAGGGAGAGGAGGUGGGUGUCCAAGCCUAGGUCUGGGGCUCCUGGCUGGGCUGCAGAUAAGAGGGACCACUACAGAGACCAGCACCAACCAGAGGAGUCAGAUCCAGACCUGCUCAUGGAGGAGGGCCAUGACAAUUCUACACAGAUUGUGGACAUUGAUCACGCCUACUACACAUCUAAAAUCUACAGUCCUGGAGAUGUAGCCAGUAAAGAGCUGUGGGUGAACAUCGAUGAGAUGGAGGAAGAUGACUGGAAGGUCCGUGGCUUCCUGUCCAGCACCCACAGACAGGCUGAGAGAGUGAAUCUUUCCUUUGAUUUUCCUUUCUAUGGACAUAUACUAAAAGAAAUCACAGUGGCAACUGGAGGUUUCAUUUAUACUGGAGAUAUAAUCCACCGGAUGCUCACAGCCACUCAGUACAUCGCCCCUCUGAUGGCAGAUUUUGAUCCUACCCUUUCCAAAAACUCAACUGUGUUUUACAUUGAUAAUGGAACCGCAUUGGUGGUUCAGUGGGACCAGAUUCACCUCCAGGACGUCAGUCUGGGAACGUUCACAUUCCAGGCCGUUCUGCACAGCGAUGGACGGAUUGUCUUUGCAUACAAAGAGAUUCCUAUUGACAUCAGCGAAAUCAGCACUGAGAAUCAUCCUGUCAAAGUGGGUUUAUCGGAUGCUUUUGUAGUGCUUCAUGAGAUAGAACAGAUCCCCAAUGUUCGGAGGAGAACCAUCUAUGAGUAUCACAAAGUCGACAUCCUCAAGUCCAAAAUCUCCAACUCUACGACGGUUGAGAUGCUACCUCUCCCCACAUGUCUCCAGUUUUCCAGCUGUGGUCCAUGUGUCACUUCUCAGAUUGGCUUUAACUGCAGCUGGUGCAGUCGGCUACAAAGAUGCUCCAGUGGCUUUGAUCGUAACCGGCAGGACUGGGUUGACCUCGGCUGCCCAGAGGAGAGACGGGAUCCCCGGUGUCUCCGGAUAACAGACGUCACAAACUCCACAUCUCGCCAGCUGAGUCAUACGACCACUCCUGUUACAGCAACCACAGUGCAGCAGAGGACUUCCAGCAUGACCUCCACCCCCCUCAGCAGGACGUCCAUCGUCACCAACCCCUCACCACACAGCAGCACAAGCAGGAGAAUAAUGUCCACAUCACAGCCUCCUACCAGCAAACCUGCAGAAGGAGACAAGGAGAGCACAGGAGAGAGUGAUGACCGACUGCAGAUUGGCCUCCUGGCAGGCAUCAUCAUGAUGAUGGUCGUCAUGGCAGCAGCUGUGCUCCUGUCCCUUUAUGUGUACAACCACCCCACCUCCAGUGCCAGUCUCUUCUUCAUGGAGCGGCGGCCGACCCACUGGCCAAUAAUGAAGUUCAGGCGUGGAUCCGGUCGCCCCUCAUAUGCUGAGGUGGAGGCUCCAGGUCAGGACAAAGACAGCACAGUGGUCAUUGACCCCAAACAGUCUUUUGUCAUGUCAGACAGAAGAGAGAGCGAACAGAAAGAAGGAUUCAUAGUUCCUGAUCAAAGAGAGCGCUUCCUGUUUUCAGAGAGCUCCUGACCAAAACUACAUAUCCCAGAAG